CAAAGGAAGGAAGCCUAGAAUUUCACUGCAAAGAAGCUGUGAGGACGACAACAUCAAAUGGGGAUUAUUUUUGUCACAGGAAAAAAUGAAUCUAUUAGCACUAAUCUUCUUCGUAAUACUGGGAGAAUCCUUGUCUCAGAAGAGCUUGCCAUUCAGCAAUGCAAACCUGCUCAGAGCCAGGCGAGAUAUCACACCAAUCACCAGUUCCUUCAGUGCAGAAGACGCUAAUCAGAGCAAGGAUGUGGAAAGAGGAAACAGCAAAAGCGAAAUAAACAAUAAUAAAGUUGGCUUUAUAUUUUCUACCGUUGCUUGUCUCCUGGUCCUAUUCUUUCUUUUAUUUGUUAUUUUCACACUGAAAUCAUGGCUCCUGAAAAACAGAGAAAAGGUUCCAUACAGGCGUCACAACACAGCACCUAUCAUUAGAUUUGUUCGCAGAAGAAAUAAAGACAGAAAUGAAAACAUAUACCAGUUCAAGACUCCCUGGAAAGAUAACCAGACAAAACCCACAAAAGAGAAUAAUACAGAAAUGGUGCUAAACCCUCCCACAGGACAAGAUUCUAAUCAUGAGGAAACUAAAAUACCUGGACUUGGAAUUUGGGCUACUGAUCUCAGAUAUUAUGACGAGAUGGAAGAUCGUAAAGCAAAUAUCAAAGAAAGAAUUACAUUUGAAAAUGCUGGUAUCAGUCCAAGCUCUUUGUCUGUCAAUAGCAAGAAAGGUAGUCAAGCUUGGGACUUACAACAUUGUAUGGAGGCUGAAGAGGCAGACUACAUUAAUAUGCAUGUUAAUGUUUGGGAUACAGAAAACCAUAUUAAUGGCAAUGUUAAAGAAAGCAGUUCUAGAAAAAGCUACAUAAAAACUCACAAGAAUUUAUCCAUCAGAUAUAGUGCUUGCAAAAAAGAGAACACAAGCUCCGCGGGCAACUGCAAAUUUGGUCAUAACAACAGAAGCUACCCAAAUAUUAAAGGGUCCAAUAUCUCUUCAUCUAAACGGGCAAUCAAUAACAGUACAAAUUCUGUAGCUAUCAAGCCUUGUAUUAGGACAUUGGCCUCUCUAGACAGGGAUUGUGAGACUUCGAAAGCCAUCAGUAAUAAAUGUGAUAAAGAUACUAAAAUGUAUGUGAAUGCAUUUGUCACAGACGAGGAAGACAUUUCUGAUGAUGAUGAUUAUGUCAACAUCCAGUGUGGCCAAGAUAAGCUCUUUUCACAGAUGAACAAUUCCCUAAUCGGAAAUGCUGAAAAUAUGUGGACUAAUUCUAGCUCUGACAAACGUAUGAAUCAUUACGUGAGAGCGUCUACGAGAAAAAAGCAUUUAAAUAUUGAAGAAAAAGACUAUGAGGAAGUUUGGACUACAGGAGCCUCUGUACACAAACAUGCACAUGUAUUCCACACGUGUUCUCAAGAAAGUGAGGAUUAUGUAAAUUGCUGGACUACCCAAAAUGACACUUCAAAAACAAAUGAUAGCACAACUUGUUUAACUAAUUUAAUGACCACUCUGCCUACAAAUUCAAAGGUCAAAGAGGGUAUUGUAUCAAAUAGCCAUAUGCCUGCUCACUUCACAAGCUCCCAAAAUAGUGAUGACUAUAUAAACUGUUUGUCAGCAGAUCAGGACACCCGAAAUCCACAAGACAACAAAUUCUCUUUAAAGACAAUGACAGCUACAGGGUCUACAAAUACAAAAAGGGAAAACAACACUUUCAUUACCAGCUAUCUCACUGAUGACAAUAAUUCCCAAGACAGUGAUGACUAUGUUAACUCUUGGACUCUGGAGAAGUGCACAAAUGAUUCCCAGCAUAGUGAAAACUAUUUAGAGACAUUGAUAACUACAGCACCUAACAAAACAAAGGUGAUAGAUGACCUUGCAGGUAACAACCACACCCCUGUUGACUCUUCAAGCUCACAAGACAGUGAUGACUAUGUCAACUCCUGGACUCUGGACAGGUGCACAAAUGAUUCCCAGCAUAGCAAAAGCUAUUUAGAGAAAUUGAUAACUACAGCACCUAACAAAACAAAGGUGAUAGAUGACCUUGCGGGUAAUAGCCACACCACUGUUGACUCUUCAAGCUCACAAGACAGUGAUGACUAUGUCAACUCCUGGACUCUGGAGAGGUGCACAAAUGAUUCAUAGCAUAGCAAAAACUAUUUAGAGACAUUGAUAACUACAGCACAUAACAAAACAAAAGUGAUAGAUGACCUUGCGGGUAAUAGCCACACCACUGUUGACUCUUCAAGCUCACAAGACAGUGAUGACUAUGUCAACUCCUGGACUGCAAAAGAAUACUUAAAUACUGAAGAAAAGAAAGACAAUUUAAGUACAUCUAUGACAACGAUCUACACAGAUUCCGAAGACUAUGAAAACUUAUAAGAUGUUAAAUAUCUGUUCAUACAGUAACCUACCAGUACAACACAGUUCACUUGCUAUUUGUUGCAGAUGAGCUUCAUUCUGUAGUUCUGCGUUUCAGUCCCUCAGUUUCAACUUGCUGCAAAGAUUCAACAGAGAAUGCUUGCAGCUCACUUUUGAUAAAAGGAGCUUGUGCCUUUGCCAAGUUUUACUUAACUGUGUAUAUAGAAAGAAGAAAUAUCAGCAGAGAAUAUAAAAAUGCUAAAGUGGAGGGCGAAUGUCUUUAACAGUCUAGAGGAAAAAUAUACAAUUAUUUGUUUCUGAGUACAGUAGCAUACAGAAAAGCUCUUUAAGAUGGCAUGAAAGUGCCAUCCAAAAGCAUCAAGAAUCAAAGUUUAUUAAGGAUAUUUUAGGAAUACAUAAACUCUUCAAGAACCUUAACUAAAAGCUGAUUUCCAAAUGAACUCAUUUGUAUGUUUCUGAAAACCUUUUGAGGUUGCUAUGCAUAUAAAAACAUUUGGGACUAUCCCACAAUUGUUAAUGGUAUUAGAUAAUCUAAUUCACUUUUAUGGUCACUUCCUGUUUACAAGACAAUUUUUAGUGUGAAAAUGUACACAGUUAAUAAUUUGAAACGGAGAUGUACCCAGUAUAUAAUUUAGAAAAACAUCAAUGUAAAAUAAAAGAAUAGCAACAGAGUACAUACACUCCUAUAGUAACCCACCUGGUUUUCAUCAGUAGAAUAGUUGCUGAAGACAUAACAAUAGGUGGCAACCUAGGUUCCCUGAAAUCGGAAUGAUGAGCUUCAGUAUGAAAAUAGAAUGAGCUGAACUAAACGUCCCAGACUGCAGCCACAUGACUUCACAAUGAUGGGGACAGUAGCUAGCCUGCACAAAUGAAUUAAUAAGCACAGGACUGCAAGCAUGACAGAACAAACAAAAAUGGGAGUUCAGCUUUGUAUAGCAGAUAAGCCACUGAUCUUACAAAAGUCAAGGCAUGGAUGGAGUUCAAAGAAUUCUCAUUUAUCCUGUCAUUCUGCUUUAGUUAGAACUGUAGACCUUCUCUCACAUAUAAACUAUGUAAAAUCUUUUAAAGACUAAGUAUUUGCCUUGUUAUCUCAGGAGGUUUGUUCCAAGUGUUUACCAUUUUUCCACAAAAGCAAGAUCUUUUCCUCUCAAGGUUGGUUUGACCAAACCAGGGCAGCUCAACUGUCCACUUCACAUGUGAAGGUUUUGUUCAAUUCUUUCCACUACUUUUAUCUUCUGCAAAGAAGAGAACUGUAUUCCAAAAUUACACCAAUAUUUCCUUGUCUAUAAUGCAUUUUGUACAAGGUAGUAAAAACAGAACUGCAUUAGUUGCUUGUCUUUUCUUGGGUACACAGUCACAGACACAUGUCGACUUCUCCAGUUUUGUUUUUGGAUGGUUGCCUUCUACAUAAUGUCUACCUGCCCGCUAUUUGUAUGGAAUUUGCCAGGAUUCUAUUUUCUCUAACAUCCCAAAGACAUGCCAUAGCUCUGUAUUCAAUGAAUAUGCAUGUAUGCAUGUAUGCAUGUAUGUGGUGUAGCGAGUCUGUAUUUAAACCCUCCCACAGGGUGUGUGAACACACCAAAAGUCUGGAUAGACUUUGACUUUCGCCUGCAAAAAUGAACUGACUAGGUAAUCAAAGAAUGAACUCCUUCCAACAGAGUCAAAAACUCUAGUGUAUUUGUUUAUUUGCCCUGCAUCUUUUAUAUGCAUGCAUCAAAAUCUGUCAGCCUUGAUACUAAUCAACAGAAAUAGGAUUCCUUUUCAUACUUUCCGUAACAAAACAAUUUAUUUACAUUUUGCCCAUAUUAAUGCCAGCUCUUUAUCUACCCAUUUUAUUCAAGGCAGUGGGUGAAAGCCAAAUGGAAGGUGGUCACCACCCAGGCAGUCAAGGAGGCCGUUUUCACCUCUACACCUUGCCUUUGGUUGCCACUUGGUUGUAGCGGUACCUACAAGAUAGUGACUCAAGUAUUGUGGCUUCACCUAUCCAUCUGGUGGCGCUUGCAUUGUAUAUGGAUACUAAUUGUCCCCAGGCUGGAGAACUACCCAGGUGAUACACUUUCUCCUGUAUAAUGUCAUACCUAGUGUGGUGCUUAAGGACAUUUUUUUUUAUAGACGCUAGUUUCACCCUCCCUAGGACAGCCUAAAUGAAUACAUCACCCACAGUGUCUAUCCCACUAGAAUCUCUGUUAGAGCAAACACCAUAGUGCCUACUACAGUGCAGACACUGUAUUAUGCUGUAUUUGGCUUUGGUCCAAGCCUUGGCAGAAGUGGUUCAGAAAUGCUGGACCAGCUAAAAUUCUGCUCUCUUCCUCUGGUAUUACAAAUAAAUGCAGAUACAUCAGUUGUGAGCCUAAUUAUUUGGUGGUCACUAAUUUCCUCAAGUGGGUGGCUACAGUGUCACACCAGAGACUUUAUUUUCAUCCAGAUUUGGAGGUCAGACUGUACUGAUAUAGAGGAAUAAGGUAGCAAUCUACACAUUUUUCUGCACAAAUCAUAGACCCCCCCCCCAACAUACACAAAAUCACAGAUGCUGAUGUCAAUUGAAAAGGAGCUGUGAAACUGGAAAAAAAUAUUAGUUUGUCUGACAUGAUUAAGCUAAGAAGUAUAAAUAGAAUUCCAUGGGCAAUGCAUGCAAAAUUAGUUAUGGGAGACCACUAAGGAAAUAAAGACCCUAAGGCCAGUUGUGCACUGAUACCUAUAAAAUCAAUACUGAAUAUAACACAGCAGUAGAUAAUCCAAUCCCUUGGGGAGGUGCACAAAGGCCAUGACUGGCAUAGAAGUGGCAGUGAUAUACUGACUAGAUGUAGGACCUCCAGAAGUCUGGAUAAAGAGACUCGAAGCAGAAGCAAUCUAAACCAGACAAAUUAAGGAAUCCAAAAAAUCCUACAAGGCAAAUGCAAGGAUGUUUAACAAAGGGAGAUGAAAAAGAGCAGAGAAUUUAUGAGCUAGAACAGAGCAGUAUGAGUGAGAAAAAAGCUAUAACAAUCCAAGCAGAACUGGAAAACUAAGGGUCUUUGUAAUGUAGCAGGCAGAAUAUGUGGCGAGUAUAGUAGCUGUUAUUCCAGAAGGUUCAAUCAGAAUUCACCUUUUGCUUUUUUCCCUCUGAACAUUUCAAAACUUUGUGUGUUAUGUUCCUUUCAUUGUUUAUGUGCCAGAUUAGUUUUGAUUUUCUAUUUUUUCAUGUUUGCAGUAUAAAGUACAACUAUUGAUCAACGAUAUUGAAUUAAGAAAUAAAAUCUUUUAUUUUUUUUCCUAUAUGAAUACCAUAUGUACAAUAUUUGGCCAAGUCUUCAGUGUCAUCUACUUUUGUACAUAUAUAUUUCACUUAAAAAUCUAUUUACUUGCAUAAAUUAUAGAUCAUGUUUAUUUAAUAAAACAAAGUUUUAUAGACAAAUGUUAUCUGAUCAUUAAAUUCCACAUCAUUUGAAGCAAAGUUUAAAUCUAGAAGAGAUGGCAGUGAACUUCCAAGAUAUUUUAUACAACCAAGUUUAUUUGUACACAUAAAAACAUAAAUAACAAGAAUUUUCAGUGAGAUAAUGAUUCCUGUCUCUGUUUUAUUAGCACACAUAUAAUAUACAUAUUUAAUUAUACAUAAACACACACCACAUGAGUGUGUAUCUGUGUGUGUGUGUGUGUGUGUGUGUGUGUGUGUGUGUGUGUGUGUCAGUGUGCGCUCAUGCUUGCAUAGAUGUAUAGACAGUUAACAUUUAAUUACUCCAAAUGGUGCAGUGAAAAGAUGUUUUGGAAUCCAAACCAAAAGCAGGUACUCUGAUCAGCUGCACAUCUACAGAGUAAUAAAAAGGUACUU